AUGUCCUUCAUGACCCUUUUGGCGACUGACGAGUUGCAGNNGAUUGGUGACGAGCCCUACACCCUUGGACUCUUCGAUACUGCCGGUCAGGAAGAUUACGACCGUCUCCGNCCCCUCUCGUACCCUCAGACCGAUGUCUUCCUCGUCUGUUUCUCCGUCGUCUCUCCUGCUUCCUUCGAGAACGUACGCGAGAAGUGGUUCCCCGAAGUCCACCACCACUGCCCUGGCGUCCCUUGCCUGAUUGUCGGUACCCAGCUCGAUCUGCGCCCACCUAAGGAGAAGCGCGACGACAAGCAGGACCCCGUUCUUCGCAAGCUCCGUGAGCAAAAGAUGAAGCCCGUCGAGAGGGAAGACGGUGAGAGAAUGGCCAGAGAGCUCGGUGCUGUCAAGUACGUCGAGUGCUCGGCUCUGACUCAAGAAAGGCUCAAGGACGUCUUUGACGAGGUAAGUCAUACUCACACCGCAGUUUCAAAGUCCAGACCAUUGACACGAUCCAGNGCCAUCGUUGCUGCCCUCGAGCCUCCUGCCACAAAAGAGAAGAAGAAGAACCACAAGUGUGUCAUUCUCUAA